AUGUGGACUUACAAUUCAAGAGAGGACAUAGAAUUCAAGAAGGGACAGCUAUUCACUAAUGUUGAUGCCUUUAGAGCAGCACUGAAGGAUUAUGUGAUCCAAAAAGGAUUUCCCAUCAAAAGGCCGAAGAAUGAGAAAACCAGGUGUACUGCAAUCUGUGAUGUUGAUAGAUGUACUUGGAGGAUUCAUGCGUCUCCUGUAGCUGAUUCAGUAACAUUUAUGAUUAAAUCAUACACACCUGAACACACAUGUGUGAUGGAUAACAAAAAUCGUGAGGCCAUCUCUGAUUGGAUGGCCAAGAAACUGAUAGCUGUGAUAAGAACCCAUCCUCACCUGCCAAGAAAGGGCAUUGAAGCUGAGAUGCUAAAAUAUGGUGUGCAUCCUAGCAAACAGCAAGUUUAUAGAGCCAAACAAAAGGCAAGAGAAGAGAUUGAAGGCACACAUUCUGAAUCAUUUAGUAAACUGCAAAAGUAUGCUGUGUUUCUAAGGCAACAUAAUCCUGGUAGUCUUUGUAGUUUUGGUGGAGUAUUGCUGACUGCUGUUGCAUUGGAUGCUAAUAACAGCAUAUUUCCCAUUGUAUUUACUAAUGCUGAGGUCGAAAACAAAGAGACUUGGAGUUGGUUCUUUUAUUUCUUUGAAGAAUUCUUUGGACCAUUCCAUAACAAUUCCCACUUAACUGUAAUGAGUGAUAGACAGAAGGGGCUGAACCUUACAUAUGAAGAGCUACUCCCAUCUGCAAUUGGAAGAUACUGUUGCAGGCAUAUUUGCAGUAACUUCAAGUAUCAGUUUCCUAGAAUAUUGUUGACCAGUUUCUUUUGGCAGGCUGCUAAGAGUUAUGAUGCAAUUGGAUUUAGAGAAGCAAUGCAGAGAAUCAAGGACAUGAAUAUAGAAGCAUGGAGGUACUUAUCCAAGAUUCCAGUAGGCAUGCAUUCUCAACAGAAUUGA